AGCGGUCGUCAUGGCAACGGUGGCCGAGAUGCCGGCGAGUUACACGGUGCGUGACCAGCCGAUCGCAGCGCCGCCUGGUGAGCCGGUCACCCCGCUAAUGAGGGCCUGUCAGCAGGACGACCUGGAGACGGUGCAAAAUAUCCUCAACAAACACCCGGAGUCGGUGCGGCAGCGGGACCGUCGCCAGAAGAGCGCUCUGCACCACUGCGCCGACGGCACCGUCUCCGGCUGCGCUGACCUCCUGCUGACCGCCUGCCCGGAGCUGCUGGACGCUGCUGACGAGGACGGCCACACGUCCGUCCACCUGGCCGUCAUCGCAGGCCACCAGCCGCUGCUGAGGCUGCUGGUAGAGCGGGGGGCCGACCUGGACCGGCGCGACCACGAGCUCCACUCGGCAGUCCACUGGGCUACUGUGUGCGGAGAGCUGGAGAUCCUGGAUGUUCUCCUGGAGGCCGGGGCCAACCCGUCAACCCCCGACAUCCACGGAGCGUACCCGGUCCACUACGCGGCGCAGAUGUGUGGACCCAACUCCGGUAAAAUAUUACUGUUAAAUAAACUGGUGGACGCUGGUGUGGACGUCACGGUCACAGAUCAGGACGGACGACAGCCACUGCUCUGGGCGGCGUCCGCAGGUCACGCGGAUGCUCUGGUCACACUGGUCAACAGCGGGGCCAGCGUGUCGGCUGGGGACAAGGACGGACUCACUGCUCUGCACUGCGCCGCCAGCCGCGGCCACACCGACUGUAUCGACACGCUGAUCUCGCUCUGCGGCGCUGACGUAGACGUCAUCGACGGGAACGGCUGCACGCCGCUCUUCUACGCCGUCACCCUGGGACAUGCCGACUGCACCGAGCUGCUGCUCAAGAGCGGCGCAGAGCCCAACCGGCAGGACCGCAAGGGACGCACACCAGCACACUGCGGGGCCGCCAAGGGUCAGAUUGAGACUGUGAAGCUGCUAGGUCGACACCGGGCCAACCUGUGGAUCCGGAACGUGAAGGGUGACCAGCCGCUGCAUGAAGCCGUCCAGUCGGGCAGGAAGGAACUGGUCAGGUGGCUGUUACAACAGCGUCCAGAAGCGGUAAACCAGCCCAACAAUGACGGCAGAUGUCCCCUGCACACAGCCGCCAUUACCAACAAUAUCGAAAUGUGCAAGGUUCUGAUGGACCUUCACGCGCACGUCAACCCCAUCAUGCGCUCCAGCAAGGGCCAGCUGAUGACCCCGCUGGACUCUGCGCUGUACCGGGGCAAUCAGAGCUGUGCCAAGUACCUGCAGCUACACGGAGGCGCGCCGGCCAGCACGCUGACCGACCAGAGCUCGCUGGUCAAGGCGCUGCAACACAGCGGCGCCCUGCCGGAGGGUCAGACGGGUCGGGCGUUCGUGGUCACCCCGGACACCUACCUGCACCUCUCCGGAGACGAGUCUGUCUCCGUGCCGGGCACCCAGAGACGCUCCGAGAUCACCACUGCCGCCAGCUCGCCGCUACCGGCGCCCGUCGGUGUCAUACCGCCGUCCCCCAAUGACGUCAGGCGCGCCGCCAGUGACGUCACCGAGGGCGGGAUGCAGACCGACCGGCGCAGCACGGAACACAUGGGAGUGCAGGUGGAGAUGACCGAUCGCCUCGACGUUCCCGAAUCCAGCUCCAAAGGACGUCGACAUGAGCCCAAGUCCAGACACCGGCAGCGGCAUCACCACGAGACGGAGGAGGUGCACAUUCGACAGUUCCGGGACCCCAGCGACCCCCCGACCGACAGCAGCGCGCGACGGCGUCACCCGGGCACCCUGAAAAUUCGAGAGGAGAGUGAGGAUGACGUGCAAAAUGUCGAAGUAGUGAGGCGGAGGUUGAGGAGGGAGCACAAUACGAGGUAUGUUGAUGAGAGGUACGAAACGGAAGACGAGGAGCGUGAUGAUCAGUCAAGAAGAGGACGGAGUGAAAAGACGCCGGAAAGGAGCAGAGAAAGAAGCCGGGAGAGAGGAGAGAGAAGUAGAGAUAAAAGUAGGGAGCGAAGUAGGGACAGGAGUGAUGGAAGGAGCACGGAGAGGAGCAGAGAGCGGAGUAGAGAGAGGAGCAGAGAGCGGAGCAGAGACCACAGGAAGCGGAGGGGCAGGGACAGGAGCGGUGACCGCGCUCGGGACUGGAGCCGUGACCGACAGCGGGACGGCAGGGGCGACCGGAGGAACGAGUCCUACGACUCCUCAGACGACCCGGACGAGCGGACCGUGUGGCGGAGUCGCGGUGAGACGCGCGGCCGACUGGCGUCCGGGCCGGAGGACGAGCUCGAGGGGGUCAGGUCCCGGCGCCGGGUGGUUGAGGAGGGUGUCAGCGGCCGCCUCAGCCCCACGGAAGAGAGACUGGUGCGGAUGAAGGCAGGGGCCGUGGUGCACGCGGCCGGCGCUGUCGCAGACGGCGAGGAGGGCUCCCUUCGCAUGGACUCGGGUAUCGCCAGUGAGGAGUUUGUCGUGAGGCUUCGAGCAGAGGGGGAGGCAGCCUCGGUGUCCGACGUGCCGCCGCGGAGGGCAGACAGCAGCGGAGAGACCACCGUCAAAGGAGCGGUGAUUACCACCACAGCCGAGGUGCAUCGCACUGAGAGUUACGACACAAACGGAGGUGAAGUGGUGUUAAAAGAUGGUAGUAACAGUAAGACCAAAAGUCAGUUACAAAACGGCGUGAAUAGUGGCAUGCGUUCUGGUGAACUUGUGGACAGUCCCGACGGAGAAUCUCAAGAAGAGGAUCAAAAUGAACAUGCUGCAGAUGGCGACGAAGCACAGUCUACAAAAGCGAAAUCAUCUCCACGGAAAAAGGCAAAAGAUAACAAUGCAUCAGAAGUAACAUCUUCCAAAAGACGUAAAAAGAAACAGGCUGAAGAUCCAACACAAGCAGAAAAUCCACCUACCAACUCUGAAUCAAGUCGAAACCCUGCCGAUCACGAGCCCUCUGACCAGCAUUUAAAUGGGGACAUCAACGAAGGGACUGAUGACAAGCAUGAUGCAAAAGGUUCUCCCUCUAAAAACAAAGUGGCUACAGCCAAUGGACAUCGGUCCGAGCAAAGGAAAAAGCAAAGCUCCAAAGAAUCUACAACUACAAAGAAUGUUUCAGGUGCCGCAGAUAAAGGUAAAGAUCGGCAUACAGGCAAAUCAAGAAAAUCGCAAGAAGAAUCUGACAAGUUACCAUCGUCUAAGUCCCUAAGUAAAUCAUCUUCAAAAGAUUCGAAAGGAAAACCUUCAACCUCACCUCGCAAGACGGACUCCCUGGACUCACAUGGACAACAUAAAUCUAUAGAUCGCCACAAGGCAGAAUCCCUCGAUUCCAACGCCGAACAUAGCUCCCAAGACCCACCUUCUAAGCAAGAUUCUCUUGAUUCCACCAAUCAGCGCCUAAACAAUGGGAAUGCCACCGAAGCUGAGUCAUCACCCUCUGUUGGUCGUCGCCAACGCCAUAACCCCUCCGAAAACGCCACAGAGCAGAACUCAAACACAAGCCAAGAUGCCAACCAGAACGGUGACUAUGUCAGUGAGCCUAACGGUGAUAUAAACGGCGAGUCCUCUUCAGGGAGUGACCCGGGCUCGACUCACACGGGUCGCUCGGGUCACCGUUCUCGCCUGCCGGUUCCCAUAGGUCCCUCUCAGACUGUGAGGAGGACCGGCCGCGGGCGACGGAAACCGGCCGACCAGGAGCGGUUCGCGCAGGCCGGCAAAGUCGGCACGCUGGAGAGGGACCUGACCCAGCUGGGGCGGCCGCAGCAGGACAGGACCGGGUCAGAGGUGCUGCCCUGGCCCGGACGCGCCACCGGCAACCCGCUCAGGUUCCAGGCGGAAAAGCGUAUUUUCCAGGACCUGCUGGAGCUGAAGCGGGUGCAGAUGCGGGCCGUCAAAACCAAUGAGGAGGCGUUCGUGAGAAGACUGUCGGACAACUUCAACCUGGGGGUGAUUCGACUGGGGCUGGCGCGGUACACGGGGCCGCUCACCUACCGUGACUACGAACAGUACCUGAACGACCAGGUUCGUCGCCUGCAGUCGCCCUCCCGCCCCUCCCGUCGCCUGCGGCGCGCCGAUGACCUGGCGCGCAUUCAGCGCAGCCAGCGCCACCACGGCUCGACGGGCACCGACGCGCUCAACUGCCAUCAGAGCACGUAUCGGUGCCACCACGCGGCCCACGCCUACACAGGCGUCCCGUGCGCUGCCUACAUCAACAAGCCCGGCCAGCCGGGCCCGCAGAAGUCCCCGGGGCGCACCCAGCUGCCGCGGAUCGAAUCGGCCGCCUCCCGACCCUCGGCCGGGCACACCGCGGGUCAGGUGGGGCCGCUGCGCCUCGAGCUGAACGGCGGCGCCCAGCGGCACACCGUCGAGCUGCCGACGGCGCCCCUCGACGGCAAACGACGCUACCAAGUGUCGUUCAGCGUCCGCCCCGCCGGUACCGACGGGGGAGGUCAGGGAGGGAAGGACAGGCGUCACAGCGUGGACGGUCAGACCCGGCCGGCCAGUCCCCCAGCGAACGGCGGUGACGGCGGGCCCCAGCACACACACGCGCUCUCCUUGUGA